ACUGCAGGCUCUCUCAUUCUUCCAUCAACUAGAGAAGGCCAGCUGAAAAUGCAAAGCCACAUUUAGUCAGUCAUCAACUUUCCACCAGACAUAUGGGGUUUGACAGAAGAGUGGAAAAGGUAGUCUGUGUUUGAUGGGAUGUUUUUAGCUCCUUGACUAAUGGCUGUUACUUCCUGUCAUGCAGCUGAGAGCUGUGGCAGUCAGUCGUAGUGUUUGCAGAGAAGAUAUGAUGGGAUGUAAAGCAUGAGAUCAGGACUCUGAAGCUGACUCAAAGAACAAACACUUAUUUUAAACUGGAUCCAUAACUGUUGGAUUGUGUUCAUCCCUACAGGAUCAGAGAUGAUGAGACGAUCAGAGCCAAGAUCCAGAAGACCUACGUUCCGGAACCUCUGCCCAGGAGCCAGCGCUCAACCCGUCAGGAUUCCUCCCCUGCAUCUCCUCUCUCUCUCCUAAAUAGAAGCCCCCUAGAAAGGCACCUCGAAUCAGCCAGGUUUUUUAUGAGGAAGGGCUUAGCCGCGUCCACCCUCAAAACAUAUGAUUUCACUUGGAGAACGUUCGCGAUGUUUUGCUUUUCCGUAGGCAUCACACUUAAACCUGUUCUCAUCUCCAACGUGUGUGCCUUCAUGUGCUACUGCGCCACUGAUCGCCACCUCAAACCCCAAUACAUCCGGGGCCUCUUAGCAGGAGUGCAGUUUAAUGUUCGCUGUUCCGAUCCCGGCUUUCCCAGCCUGUUCGCAAACCAGUCAGUCAAACUCAUCCUCAAAGGUCUCAUUAAAACUUUUCCCCCCGUCUUAGACCGGAGACGCCCUAUUACACUCUCCACUUUACGCCUCAUGCUCUCCAAACUUAGAAGUGGGUUAUUCUCCCCUUAUAUCGAUGCGCUACUCGAUGCUCUAUUUCUCCUAGCUUUUUAUGCCUUUCUCAGACCAGGUGAAUUUACCACAGCUUCCCUUACAUUUGAUUCCAAUCGAGACGUCAGCUUUUCUGACAUAUCCUUUCACGCUAGCCACUUUAGCUUAUAUCUUAAACACUCCAAAUGCGGCGGCGCCUGCUCCGUCAUCGCCGCCCGCAUCGACUCCCAGUUCUGCCCUUAUAAAUCCAUGAUCAAAUUCCUACAGCUUAGACCUACCUCUAAUCCUCUCUCACCAUUAUUCCUUAUCUCAGGGAAUUAUCCUUUAACUCAACGACAGUUCAAUAUCUAUUUAAAACAAGUCCUCAUUAAAUCCGGGUUAUCACCCCUUCUAUACACGGGGCAUUCCUUUAGAAUAGGCGCAGCUACUUCCGCUGCUAAUCAAGGUGUCUCAUCCUCAUCCCUGCAACAACUCGGACGGUGGUCCUCCUCCGCUUUCUCAUCCUACAUUCGCCCUGACCUCAAUGCCGUGCUGGCUAUCCAAAGGUCUCUCCAACCUUAAAAUUGGUACGUAUGCAUAUAACUGGUGGUGGUUCUUAGCAUGUCAGCACGUAUGUCGCCCCGCGGCUCAUGUUUAUUCCUGCAUAUCUAACCCUGUAUGUCCAGGUUGUAAAACCUUCGGGUCUGUAUAAAUGUGUCCCUGCUAAGGCAGGUUGCCCCGCACGUUCGGGAUGCCCCGUACGUCCGGGACGCCCUGUAUGUCCAGGAUGCCCCGUACGUCCGGGACGCCCUGUAUGUCCAGGAUGCCCCGUAUGUCCGGGAAGCCCCGUAUGUCCGGGUCGUUAACCUCCGGUCCGUAUAAUGUGUCCCUGCUAAAGUGAGGUUGCCCCGCACGUUCGGGAAGCCCUGCACCUUCCGGGCGCCCCUCACGUCGGGUCGCUCGGUGCGUCCGGGAUGCCCCGUACGUCCGUGAUGCCCGUACGUCCGGGAUGCCCCGUACGUCCGGGACGCCCUGUAUGUCCAGGAUGCCCUGUAUGUCCAGGAUGCCCUGUAUGUCCGGGAUGCCCUGUACGUCCAGGAUGCCCCGUCCGGGAUGCCCUGUACGUCCGGGAUGCCCCGUACAUCCGGGAAGCCCUGUACAUCUGGGAAGCCCUGUAUGUCGAGGAAGGAUGCCCGGGAGGCAUCAGAUGUUUAAAUUCUCACAUGUAUUAACCUCUCAUUUCCAUCCAUAGAUUUCCACUGCAUCCCACAAGGUAAGAUUCUUCACGUUCAGUACUUCAUACUUCAUUCUUUUGGGGGUUCAUCGGAAACGGUUCUUCCCUUCCCGAUUGAUAUCCUACAAAACCUGGGCCUAAUCGCCAAAACACCAUUUCAUUCACUUGUUAUAAACUGUCAUCAUUAUGUUUCAUUUAUAU